AAUUACUCCGAGCCAGUCAGGUAUACCAAUAUAGGUUAAUUUUACGUAUAAAAAGAAAUAGUCUUCGCAUCGUUAGUACUCCUAUUUCUCCAUUACCUUACCCAUUGCGCAAACAAACGAGAACAACACCGUUCACCCGCACAAAUUAUGCACGUCAAGACCACACACUUUCGCACGUUGAAGGUAACGGGUGCUGUUCCCGCUAAAUGUUGAUAACCGCGCAAGUUCCGAUGUUCCAAUAUGUCAUGUUACACCUCAAGGCGCCUGGCGUUCAAGCUUUCUGUAAUGAUCCUCUAAAUUUUAUUUACACCAACUCUACCUUGCAAUUUAACGACUAACCAAAACACCGAAACCAGCGCCACCCCUACCAUUAUUUAAAUGGUGCUGGCUAGCCUGAAUAUGUGAAAAUGUGCACCUGAUUAACGCGUUACACUAUGGGAGACAGUCGUGUGAGUCGAUCACUGAGUGCCAUAAGUGUUUUUUUCUUUCUUUCCUUGCUUUAUUUUUCUUUUCUUUUUUUUUUUUUUGCAAUGUCUUUCCAGUCUAACCAAAGGAGCAAGGCACCCAAUGGUUUCCGGCCAGCCGCCAGAUUAUCGAGCGUGUUUCUCUUAAAGGCGCUUACACUGUGAGCGAAGUAUGCCUAGGACUUCGCUGAACGCGGGGAAAUUGCCGGCCGGCGUGCCGCCCUCGCGUAGGCCGCCUCUGCUGCCUACGCCUACAAUGCCGAAAUCUCCGGAGUGCGAUGAAUCGGCGAACAGCAAGGAGAUGCCCCUGCGCAUCCUCUGCCUAGAUUCCGGCCGGGGCCCGCCGACUGCGUCCCAGCUGCGCCAGCUGCUGGGCUUUCCCGGCGCCGUGGACCGCGUGGUGCCCUGCGAUCGCUGCGAGGUCGCAGUCUACGAGAACCCCGUCUCCGCGGCACACGUGACCUUGCAGCUGGAGCGCCCUCCGAAGGACACUUUCAUGCAGAUCGUGGUGAAGUGGUGUGACUUGGAAAUCGUGCAGCACGUCCUCAGCGGUGGCGUGGCUCGCAAGUGCGAUCCACCCGAGUGGUGGCUCGCAUCGGAGGAGCUUGAGGAGCGCUGCAACCCGUACGACUCUGUGAUUGCCAUGGAGCACAAAGACGUACCUGUGACCGCAUUCGCGCUGGGUUGUCUGCUGGGCUACAACACCUUCGUUGCGCACUUCGACAGCGCGCGCACUGCUCCCCCCGGUACCAAGACUUCGUCUUCUAAAAAGUCGUCCAACUCCAACAAAUACGGAAUGACAAAGUUCGCCAAGUGGAAGAAAGCAGAGUUGGACCCUAGAUCUGGCUGUGCGCUGUCCGGAGGCAGCUCGCUGGCAAUGGCGCCUUGUCGCAAGCUGGCCUGUGAAGCCAAGAGGUUUUCUUUGCGGAGAGCGUCGGCUAACUCGGAAAGAACGCCUUCGCCACCGCCUUCUCCGAGUGAACCGCCUGCAGACUCAACCUCCAGUGAGAUCAGCUCGUCCACUCCUCCGUCGCAGCCCGCAGAGGAGCAAGCCGCGCAGGAGUCGCCGAGCGCGAAGUCUGCUGAGAGUGCAACUGCCACAGCUGAAACGCCUCCGCCCACGACGUCAACUCCGCACAACCCUACCGCAACAGCGGCGGACACCGCGGGGCGUUCUGUACUCGCGUGCCCGCUCCCAGCGGCUCCGCCGUCGUAUGCCUCCAUCACGACUCAUCCGAGGUCCAGCGAUGCGACGGAGCAUCGUAGCAGCUGGCAGGGCUGGCUGACGCCGGUGGCGCCCCCGGUCCCGGAGCCACCGCCGCAGCCAUUUCGGCCUGGCCCGCAGCCCGCCAUCAUUCAGACCACGCCGCCACCGAAGGAGAAGGGCAAAUGGGCCGCGCUGCUGUCGCCCAAGGAGGAGGACUGCGACGCCCCGUCGGGCCCCACAUCGUCGUCGCCCAGCCAGCCACCAGCUCCCAGCACGGGUUCCUCGGUGGGUGGCGCGCUGGCCACAGAUGAUGCCUCGAGCGCGCCCUCGAGCGCUGCUUCGCGCGCGGAUUCGUCGUGCUCGAAUUCGCCCUCGUUGCCCACGUCGCCCAAAAGCACCAGGUCGUCGGCGUCGCAGCCUCCACGUCCGGGCGAAGGCUUCAAGGUGACGCAGAGCAACGUUCAUUUUGAGCACUGUACCAGCGCACUGCACCUCUACUUUGUGGACAAGCAAGACUCCAGUCACACCCUCUACCGACUCCUUGUCAGGUAUUCGACGAUAUGCCGCAUUGUGCUGUGCAAAACGUCGCCCACUUCUACAACCGCCUACUUGCACCUCCUGCACACGCCGCUCCUCUACAAGCUAUGUGCCGGGAACAGUGCCAUGAGCCACUGCCACCGCGAGGGUGACUACCUACCCCAGUUCAACCUGUCCGACACCACACCGUGGGACCGGGCCGUGGAGUUCGGCGAAGGGCCCUUCAAGUGCGGCCCCGACGUGCUGGGCAAGAGCCGCGUCCUGCGACUGGCGUUCAGCGGGCCCCGCCACUGGGAGCCCCUGUGCAACCUGAUCCUGCGCACGCGCAACUGCGCGCAGGUCUUCUACGCCGCGGUCCGCGAGCUGCACGCGCGCGACCUGAAGCCCGUGCCCAGGCCCAGCGUCCCGGACUACGGGGUCACCUACGCUCUGCUCAGCGUCUGGUCCGAGAGCUUCCAGGUCGCAGACGAGCUUGCGAUGAAUCCUGACAGUUACAAAGAAGUGCAGCGCAACCUGACAACGCGCGCGCAGGAUUGUCCCCAUGCCCUGGAGGAAGUGCUCUUCGAGCUUUACUUCUCCCUCAGCCAGGGAAAGGUCUUCAAGUUCGGCCUAGCACUGGAUCGCCUCUACGCGCGCUACCGGGGCCACCGGCUGCGCAACGACGCCUUCACUGGCUCGGUGAUUGCCCAGGAGCUGCCGGCACACAUGGUCAAAGUGCGCAAGGUCAUUCUGACGCCCACCCGACGCGUGUACCUGCCCCCGCAGCUGGUGUGCAAGAGCCGGCUGCUGCAGCACUUCGACACCGAGUACGCGCUGCGCAUCGUGGUGCGCGACGACGACUGCAAGCUCGUGUCCUUCUCGCUGGGAGCGUGCAAGGACGACUUUCUGAGCGCGGUUAUCAAGCCACCGCUAAUGCACGGCCUGAAGAUCGGCGGCCGGCAUUUCGUGUUCCUAGGAUGCUCGACCAGCCAGCUGCGCAGCCAUGGUGUCUGGUUCUACGCCCGCGACAACGAGGGCCGCACUGCCGAGACGAUACGUGCGGGCAUCGGCGACCUGUCAGCCAUCCACAGCGUGCCCAAGUUCAUGGCACGGCUCGGACAGGCCUUCUCCCAGUCGCUGGGCUUCCUCACCGUUCAGCGCCACCACACGUGCAUCGAGCCGGACAUCAAGAAGACGACGACGAUUCGCCGGUCCGGCGGCGAUGUCUUGCACCGCGAGUACGUGUUCAGCGACGGCAUCGGCCGCAUCUCGCACGUCCUGCUGCGCAAGGUGCACCGCGCCCUCGAGCUGGAAGACGGCGAGGAACCGUGCGCCGUGCAGAUUCGCUACGGCGGCUGCAAGGGGAUGCUUCUGCUCGACCCGACUCUGCCCGGACGCCGGAUCAUCUUUCGUCAGAGCAUGUGCAAGUUCCACUCGGAGCACGAAGACCUGUACAUCCUGAAGACCAGCAAGCCGCGUGUGCUGUACCUGAACCGCCCCAUGAUCACCAUCCUGGAACAGAGCGGAAUCAAGUCGAAGACGUUCCUCACACUGCAAAACCACAUCCUGGAUUCGUUCAUCGACAGCAUGCUAGACCCUCAUGAAGCCGCGCAGGUUUUGUGCACGUACUGUUCCAUGCGGCUUCCGUACAAGGAGCUGGCGGGAGUCGGCAUCGACCUCACUGUGGAGCCUUUCUUCCGCGCUUUGGUCCGCGCCGUCAACAAGAAGGUCCUGAAGGAGCUGAAGACCAAGGCCCGCAUCCUGAUCCCACCAAGCUCCGGCCGCACCAUGUUCGGCGUGCUGGACGAAACCGGCACACUGGAGUACGGGCAGGUGUUCGUCCAGUACUCGAAUGACAUGCUGCGAUACAAGGUCAACGACCCCGCGACUAUCCUUGAAGGUGACGUCAUCGUGACGAAGAACCCGUGCAUGCACCCGGGCGACAUACGCAAACUGACGGCGGUGAACGUGCCACAGCUGCAUCACGUGCGCGACUGCAUCGUCUUUCCGGCCAAGGGGGACCGACCGCAUCCAGACGAGAUGGCGGGCUCCGACCUCGAUGGCGACGAGUACUCAGUGUUGUGGUACGAGGACCUCAUCUUCAAGGCCAACUGCAACCCAAUGAACUACUACCACGAUCCACCACGUGAACGGAAAACACCUAUUGUGGUGCAAGACAUGAUCGACUUCUUCUGCCAGUACAUCAAGGGCGACAAGAUCGGCCUCAUAGCGAACGCGCACCUCGUGUGGGCGGACUUGCUGGACGCCGGCAUCAAUUCGCGCCGCUGCCGCGAUCUGGCCCGCAAGUGCGCGGUCAACCUGGACUUCGCAAAGUGCGGCGACCUCAAGGGAUUUCAGAACGCCGAGAAGCCGCCCAUGUACCCAGAUUUCAUGGAGAAGCAGGACACGAAGAACACGUACUGCUCGCGAAAGGUCCUGGGCCAGCUGUACAGGAACUGCAAGAAGGUCGAGCUGAGCACUGAGUGCCUGGACGUGGUAGAGGACACCUUGCCAGACCCGCGGCUGCUGCUGGAAGGCCGAGAAGCUUUCGUGCCGGAAGCUAAGGCAGCCUACCGAAGGUACGCGAUGAAAAUCCGGGCGCUGCUGAAGUCAUACCGCAUCGAGAGCGAGAGCGAGGCCCUCUCCGGUGCCGUGUCCAAGUUCAGCAAGUACGUGAAGGAAAAGAAUGACCCGACGGACGUGGCCAUGGUUCUCGAGAGCCAGGUCGAGCACGUGGUCCGCCGGACGCGCGAGGAGUUCUUCUCCCAGCCUCUCGGCGAGCUUCAGGAGAACUUGAAGGCCUCGGCCUGGUACCAGGUGACAUACGAGCUGCAGGCGUCAGAGGGAGGCAUUCAGAGCUUCCCGUGGGUAGUGCCGGAUGUGCUCAUGCGGAUCCUGGUCAACUCGAGCCAGUCAACAUGCGACGGCGUGAACGCGUCGCGCAACAGCUUCACCCAGCGCCUCGGGGCCCUUCUGCUCGGCCGAACGCCCGACAAUCGCGAUGCUCGAGGGGACCAGGAGCAAAGCGAUGCCCGCAUGCUGAACAACCUGCUGAAGCUCAUGUACGACUGGAUCGACUCAAACCGCGAGUUCCUGUUCGUCAAGGAACCCCAGGAGGUUGGCCUCUACAAGAACAUCAUGCGCGACGCAUGCGUGAAGGUGUCCCGUUCUCUCUGCCGAGACAUGCAGCCGCACAAGCUGGUGAUCCUGUGCCUGCGCUUCGCCUGCGCCUGGUGCCUCAAGAUCUUCCAGGGGGGCAGCGACGGCGAGGUCAUAUCGAGGGAGUGCCGGCGCCGCUACCGACUCGGCCACCUGGCGCUCAUCACGCUUAACCGCCUCUCCAUGUCUGGAAACCUCGCGUACCUGCGUCGGGCUCCCGAAGGCUGCGUGUCCACCGAGUUGGUCAGGAUCUACAUCGACAAGGAGGACGACGAGUUCUUCCUGAUCAUCCGCCGCUACGAGGACGUCUUCACGGUCAUCAUGUCGGACUGGUCGGGCGUGCACACCAUCCAGUGCGACCUCAAGACGGACCGCAUGGACGAGUGGUUCCUCCAACUCAUGGUCACCGGGAGCCGCUGGGCGCUGGAACGCCUCAAGGAGAUCGUCGUGUACCCUUCGUUCCGCGAAGUGCUGUCGCUCGUCUUCAAGCGGCAGAUAUCGCAGCCCUAAAGGGGAGCCGCCCAGCACCGCCGCCCCCGAACAUCGUGUCUGCUGAAGAGGCCGUCCGAGGAAGGUAGUUUCCAGAGCAGCUUGAGGAUUUCAAGGCCACUUAGAUUUAUUUCCAUUUCUCCGUGAACAACGUGCAAACAGCCACUCUGGCCGACGUCUGCUCCGCUCGUCAACUUCAAGCUAUAGCUUUUUGUUUUCUCUGAAGGGACAGCGGGUGCCAGAGCUUUUUUUUUUCUUUCUCUCUCCUUAUUUUUUAAAUCGGGCGUUGUCGGUUAGGCUCUUCAAAACCCGUCCGUCACAUCUGGUAACUGCCUGAAGCGAGCUUUCUUUUUUCCUUUUUUUCACGAAGCGUGUCCACAAAGUGAGCUUUGUGGUCGACGUGUUCAUAGGUGGCAUAUACCGCGCGUGGCUUGUGAGCAGGCCAUUUUGCUUUGUUCACAAGAAAUAAAGGCCUUCUUUGUGUGAAA